CAUUUAUUGAUGUGAAUGUAGAUGUGAAUUCCCUCCCCAAUUUACCAACAUCAUGUCAAUGAUGGAUAGCUUCGUUCCUCAAGAGGACUUACUUGGUGAGGCGUCUGCAGGCAACGGAGCAGCAGCAGUAUCACCUUCGGCAACUUCGCCUGUUGUGCCCCCGGAGUUUGAAGAUAAUGAGAAUGAAGAGAUUAAAAAAAUUUGUAGUGAAAAUAAUGGUGAACUCAAUGAGUCUGAAUCUGAAGUUACUUAUUCAGCAGAACCUAUAAUUUCUCUGACGCCAUUGCCCAGCACUGAAGUUCACAAGAUGGAAUCAGGGAGCUCUCCGGAGAGUAAGAAGAGUUUGUCACCGUCUAGGACACCGACUAAAGCUCUCUCCAAGUCACCUACCAGUCCUCGUAAAGUUAAAAGUGCAUCCCCCAGUACAACAAAGCGAGUGUUCUCCCCUGAGAAUCACAGGAAACGAGUAUCACAAUUCAAACUCCGCGAAAUGGAAAAGAAACGAGCAUUGGACGAGCGAAGGAAGAAACAAGCAGAAGAAUUGGAGAAGAAGAAAAUGGCAAUACUGAAGAAACACGAAGCCGCAGACCGCCGGUUACAACAACGUUCACGAGCCAGCCCAGUAAAAUCAGGUGCUUUCGGUUCCACCGUCAGAUCAAGAUCUUCAAUGAGUCUCAACAUCACCGCAGAAAAGCAGAAAACUGGGUCAGUACAGAACUUGUCCAGUCCCAAAGUGCAGUUGCGCCCGCACAGUACCACACCGCGUUUAAAGCGCCCAGUCUCAAUGGGGGCCUUGCCAACAAGUGGGCCUGUACACACUGUGUCACUGAGAAAAUCUGUUACCCCGGCCCCGAGAUCUACAAAAGGUACAGUUAGUCAGCCCGUUAUAAAACAAACUAAGAAGGAUGAGGAUAAGAAGAAUACGAUGAAGAAGAAGGUUGAUAUGAAGAAUCUUCUGAAGCCUACCAAAGUUUCUAACUUUACUCCCUCUGGUAGAAGAACUCCUGAAGAUUCCUCCAAACCGAACACAAAGCCGAGAACGUCCAGUAUGAACAGAAAAUCAGCAGCCACUCAGUCAAAGCCAAUAACAGCACCCUCCAAAACCUCUGCUCCAAAACCUCGGAGAUCAUCAGUUGGCAAAGCUGACCCACGGCAACAUACACCUGUUGAAUCACCAACCAAAUCUGUUAUGAACACUUCAAUGCAGGCUAAAGUGAACCAACAAGAGGAAGCAAAAUUACGACUUGAGGAGGCAAGGAAGAAAGCCCGCGAAGAACGGGCCAUAAAGGAGGAAGAAGAAAGAAGGAUUGCAGAAGAGAAGAGGAUUGAAGAAGAGAGGAAACGUGCUGAGGCUGAGGAAGCUAGGCUGCGAAUGUUGAAAGAGAAAGAACUAAGAAAGAAACAAAUGGAAGAAGAUGCGGAAAGAGCCCGAAUAGCAGAGUUCGAGCAAGCAGAGCAAGAGCAAAAGGAGCAGGAGGAGCGGAUUCGUGCCGAGCAAGAUCGUCAGGAGUCACAGCAGCGGGACGAGCAAGAGACACUGCAGUUACAACGCCGCAAGGCAGAAGAGGAACGCUCGGCCCAGGAAGAGGAGAGGCGUGAACGACAGAAGAAACUGGACGCCAUUUUGAAGAGAUCUUCGGUGAAACUCGAAACUGCUCCAUCGCGCGAGAUAUCAGCUAAUGCCAGUGCUAUUCUCGCCAAACACAACAUCAAGCUUAAUAUACCAUCCGCAUCAAAACAAGGGAAACAGGACAGUCAGGACAGCUCAGAUGAUGCUUCAAACGAGGGCAAUAAUACUGGAGAAAUGAACUCUAAUGUAGAUCAGAUCUCUUGUGACGUAGAAAAGGAAGAAUUUCAGCCGGAACAAGUUACCCAAGACGAAAAUCUUGAGAGAGAAAUUCCUCGAGAAGUUAUUCCUCAGGAAGAAACUCUCGCGGAAGAAACAUCCGAGGAAGUAAUUCGUGAGGAAGAAAUUCGCGAGGAGGAAAUAAGCGAACAGAAUACUCCUUCACCGGAUAAUGGCGUCGAUCAGAAUGUUAAUGACAAUAUAUUAAUCGAUUUUUCGGAUGAUCUCGACGAUUCAGUAUCAGAGGGUCCUACUAAUAAUAACAAUACCCUCGAAGAGCUGAAUAAUUUUAACGGCGACACGCGGCUAACUCAGGACCAGGACAUGUUAGUAAUGUUAUCGGACGAAAAGCCUGUCAACAACGAAUACAUCGAAAAUCAUCCCGAUUCCGCGAGUACGAAAGAAGCGAACGAAUUCACGAUCGGGAUAACGUCGCCAGAAGAGUUGCAACUGUCAAAUGUGUUGUAGCGAAGGAGCUUCGUCCACCGAGAUUUGUUUACAAAGAUUUAUGUUUUGUUUUAUUUAUCGCUGCAUCCGGCCGAUUGCUUAACUUGCUAGUAGGUAGAGCUGAAUGAACGCGGAAAAAGGAUUUUUGCUGUUCAUAAUGGUUGCCAAUUUCUUCUUGAUUAAUAUAGUUGACUUAACUGCGGUUUGAAUUUUAAGUAUCACCCAUUUUGUUGCACUCACAAAAACAGAUAGGACAGCAUGACAAAAUUGUGCAGUUUUUAAGUUUUGUAGCAGUUCAACUAACACUCAGACGCUAUAAUA